GUGUUAAAAUGCCUCCCGGCCGCCGAGUUAUAUAUAGUGCCCAUUGCUGCUUCGAGAAAGGACUGGUGAACCACAAAGCGGCAUCUAGAAUAUUGGAGGUCACUUCGCGUCGAUAUAGAAGGUAAUGUUGUCAGAUGCAUAAGUACCGAAAUUCGUCAAACGAAGACGCUGGCUUAUCUCUUUAUUACUGCAUAUGUUGGGUUUGCUUCAACAUAUAUCACGUUGACACUGGGGUAUUAUGCGUCAGAUAUUCUCCACCAACUUGGAGCCAUUAAGUUCUACAUUGCAUUGAACUGUAAAGUAGUGAUGGUCUGUGCAGCUUUAUUUAUUGGGAAGCUCUAUAGUGACGUCAGAAAACAGUUAAGUAAAGUGGUUACGUAAUUAGUAUUCACUGAUCGUUUUACAUGGUACUCGGUAGUGAAGAGAGACUUCAAUAUUGGGUUUCGAAUAGCGAGGCUAUAAGCAUGGAUCAAUUUGUUAAUGAGUUGGCUUACAUCAGGAAAGCGAUUCGAAUUCUGCAAAACUUGGAUCAGGUGUUCAGCAAAUUAUUUGGGAUUUUUACAGCAUUAAGCCUGUUAAGUGACAUAUUAUCAGUAAUAAAUAUAAUGGAAUUUAUACUGAGGACUGGUAAACAUGAAGAAUAUUUCAUCACAGUAGCGAUGCAACUGCCUGCAUCGCUUGCCAUAAUACUGAGCUGCGACAAAAUGUUAAGAGAAGCUAAAAAGGUUCUCCACAUUAAUGCAGAAUUCAAAGAUUGCUUGUAUUUAAACAACCGCAGGAAUAACGAAGUCCUUCUUUUACUGGAUAUAUGCAAGCUGUAUAUGCCAAGAGCUUCAGUUGCUCGAAUGUUCUCCAUCAGCACAGCUAUCAUUCCUAACUUGAUAAGCGUUACUGUAACAAACCUAAUUGUAUUUGCUUCUAGUUAAAAUAAAGUGGAACCUUCGUGU